GAACGAUGAAGCUUUCGUUCUCCAUAUGCAAAAUAAACGCCCUCGUGUGGAUAUUGAUGCAACAAGCAACGCAGUAGCAUCGCAACAUGGUGGGGGGCUGAGAUCUAAUUCUGAGAUGGAUGUCGAUCUCAAUGUGGCCGACCUGCUGGCUAGUACGCCUGAGGGGAACACAAUGGAUGUUAGGAAACAUGUGAACACAGUUCGCUGGGACAAUGAGCCGAGUUUUGAUUUAGGUCUGGAUUUCACCCCGUCACCAAAGGUGGGCAAGAAUAAGAGUGUUAGCUGUAGAUAUCAAGAUGGUGGUUAUGCUUUAUUCGGAAAUAUAUCUGAUGGGGAUGCUGCUGACAUUAACAACGGAUCUCAAGGUGUUACAUCAUCAUGCGAAUCGUGGCGAAAUGAUGGCAUCGCGGGUGGGAGUAGUGAUGGUCAAGGACCAAAUCAGUCAUCACACACCCCCAGCGCAUGUCCUUCAGACAAUUUGGGCACUCCUGCAAGUUCAGUAGCCGACUCUGUUCCUCCCUACUGGUACCUCAGUGAGCAGACAAGGUCGUCCUCACCGACAUCCGUUGAUAAGAUUAUUCAAGACUAUUUUGUAUAUGAGAAGGACACAAGGUUUACGGACAUUAUUAACCUCAACGCAAAGACUUUGGAUUUCGACGUCAGCAACUCUCCUGUGGUCAAAAGGAGAACUGUGUCACACACAAACCAUGUGGCAGGGCCAUGCAUCACUGCAUUGGCCAAUCAUGAGAAGAAGGUCAUAGACGAUUUUUUCUGCUUCGUAGCAAGUAUGUAAGAAUCACAUGCAGAGAAAUGCGUGUGGAUAAUGCAUCACACACCAAGCUACAUAGAGGUGACCGCAGACCAGCUGAAGAGUUCCUUCUGCGGUAAGGUUGAUGUAGAUCACGACAUUUUUAGCCUUAUGAUUCGGAGACCGAAACAGAUAGACCACGGAGCUGCCCAAGGCGGAGAUAUGACCAGAAUAAAACAUUACAUGGAGGCUGAUCUCAUGAUGCGUGUGAUGGCAGGAGAUAUGCCAUGUCAGCAUAAAUCCAUUCGGGAUCAGUUCAUUGGAGAUCAUAUCACCUACGACGUACCAAAUUGUAUGCUGAUUAUGUUUCCGGCCUACGUCAGCUUCGCUUGGGUAUGUUACGCAAUACAUACAAUUAAAAAGAAGGUGUUCAUCUAUGACCCGACAUUAGCAUCGGAGAAUGGUGGAGCAAUCAAACAGCUACAUAUGAGAAACUGCAACCUGUUGAAGUCUGCUAUGACUGAGUUUGCAAAAACAUAUUUUGAAUCUUGGGACUUCGGGUUCGGUGAUUUAGAACCGGCUAUUAUUCAUCCUAAACGUCAAGUGUCUGAAAGGCACCUAUCUGGGUUUUACACAAUGAACUUCUGCAGGAACUUCAUCGGUGACCAAGAGACAGAUAAUAUUCAUGUGGACGAUGACAGUUCUCUGGCGGCAUAUUACCUUUACGACAUUCUACAUCUCAAGGGGAACAAUGCAAAGAGGCCACAUCAGUUCAUCGAGUCUAUCGAUGAAUGAUACAAAAUCGAGUCUCGAAUGAAUGUAAGGGGCGAAUGUUGUUAGGGGCACAUGUUGCAUGGGACCGUAUCUGUUUGGGUCCCAAACGUUUGUAUGUUAAUGCACUAGAAUGUCUUUGCGGACCUAUAUAUUAUGCUGUCAAACCACCGAAUGGGUUUGAAGGUUAUGUGUGAG